GGCGCGCUGCCUCAGUGCAGUCAUGUGUAUGGAAAGUCAGCUCGCUUUAGAGAUAACAAACAAGGAAAUCAGGACUUUUGUGUAGUCAGACAGCCGGGCUGAGAUCCUACACUCAAUUAAAUCUUAGUUAUAAUUUAGUUUUAAACGUCCAUCGAGUCGUCAUGGCGUCUAUUUUUAGAAAGAAGACUGUUGACGAUAUCAUCAAAGAGCAGACUAAAGAGCUUAGAGGCACACAGAGACAAAUCAGCAGAGACCGUGCUGCUUUGGAAAAACAGGAGAAGCAAAUGGAAAUGGAAAUUAAGAAAAUGGCCAAGGCUGGAAACCGAGAUGCCUGCAAGAUACUGGCCAAGCAGCUGGUCCAACUGAGAAAGCAGAAGAACCGAACUUAUGCUGUGAGCUCUAAAGUGACCUCUAUGUCCACGCAGACGAAGGUCAUGAAUUCUCAAAUGAAAAUGGCUGGAGCUAUGUCUAACACAGCCAAGACUAUGCAGGCUGUCAAUAAAAAAAUGGACCCAAAGAAGACUUUGCAGACAAUGCACGACUUCCAGAAAGAAAACCUGAAAAUGGGCAUGUCUGAAGAUAUGAUCAAUGACACACUUGAUGAAAUCUUUAGUGAGUCAGGGGAUGAAGAGGAAUCUCAGGACAUUGUGAACCAGGUGCUGGAUGAAAUUGGAAUUGAAAUUUCUGGAAAGAUGGUGAGAGCCCCCUCAGCUGGAAAGAGUCUUCCCGGCGCAUCAAAGACCAAAGCUGAUACCAUUUCCGAUGAGGACAUUGAGAGGCAGCUGAAAGCCCUGGGAAUGGAUUAAACCUCUUUAUACUCUACACCUGUGCUCUCAGAGCCAAAGCAAAGGGCUUAUACUAAAGCACUCAUGUGUACAUGACUUUGCUAGCUGUGGUUAAAGAGGGCCACAGGGCUGCUUCUAAUCAGUGAUGUAAAAUGUAAAGACCAUGUGGUUUGUAGGAUUUGCUGUAGAUAUCUAAAGACAAAGCGGUGUUGGGGUGAGAAUAUGAAUGGUCUUGUGAAGAAGGUCUCAGAAUCUUCUCUAAACCAGUUUUAUAAAUCUAAGGCUUCUUCUAAUGGUCGUGCAGCACUGCAUAAUCCUUUAUGCUUCAAGAUGGAGUUGUUAUAUAGGUUUAGAAGAAAGACCACACCUGAAGCUCAGUCUUCUUACUAGAUAGCUUACUGUAAAUCUACAUAUUUAUCAGAGUUUCUGCAUUUCCCAGCUGCAUUUCCUGUUCUAUUCAUCUCCUAUCUGAGUUGGUGCGCCUUGGUGUCACCCAGGAUAUUACCCCAAGUUCACAGAGUUCUCUCCCAUUUUUCUUGAAUUCCUCUUCAUGUCAUUUAACCAAGGACAUGGAUUGCAGUCCCAAAAGUAUGGUGUAAUGGUUUUAGUGUACAUAAUAUUAACGUUCUGGUAAUAUCUGGUAAUUAAAGUUCUGGUACUUUUCAGCUAUGAGAUAGGUUUUUUGAAAAAUAUGUUCCAGCUAAGGCUUUGUUUGUCACAAUGAAAUGAGUGGCUUUCAUAUGCAGUGGCUAAGGAUUUGGUAAGCAUUUGUCUUGUUCAUUGAAAAAUCUUGCGCAAAGAUUUAUUGAAUGGCAUUAUGAUAAAUGGUUUAUUUAUUGAAUGGCAUUAUGGUCUUCAUUACUGAAUUAAUUAGAAAGGCUACUUGAUGCAUAGUCCUAAUUAACAUAAUACAUACUGUAAUUUAGAUGUGCAUGUACGAGGAUAUUCAAGUGGGCUUGUCAGCAACAGUAACUCAAUUAGCUCUAUAUUAGAUCCACAAAGAGGUCUUUAAUUGAAUGCGACAUCCAGGUGUUGAAGAAAUACAAAACUGUAGUGUCAGCUCCAGUUAAUUAUGUACUCCAGUAUUUGCUGAAGAAUGCUGUGUUUCAGGCGUCAUUAUCACAAGUUAGUCCACACGUGCAGGCUAAUUAUGCAAAUGGUCUGUUACUGACCUGAGAAUUCCCCUGUCAUGGUCAAGCUGGAGCCGUUUCUACAGAUAAGAGAAACAAGCCAUGCUUAAAUUGCCAGAAAUGAAGUCGCUGUUACUGCUGAGGUUCUCAUAUUAAUGAGUGAAUACAUCAUUAGCUGAAGGACAUUUACAUUUAAAUCAUGUUGUGUCUACUGAAUUGUACAACUUGAAUUGUAAAGUAUGCAAAACUCAUUAAACUCUGGGGUAAUUUUAGUGCCACUUGGAAAAGCAAUACAUCUAUCCACCUUUCUUUUUCUUUUUUA